GCCGCCUUCUUCUCCUACUCCCAGCCCUCCCUCAACGCCGUCACCGGCACCACCCCCGCUGACUCCUACGCCCCCGCCCCCUCCUUCGACUGGGACACCCAUCCCUCCGCACCCUACUCUCCCCACUCCCAUUCCUACUCGACAUCCCCUCAUCCGGCUCACUCCGGCCCGACAUCCUCUCUCUCCACCUACCCGGCCGACUAUCACUCCUCCCGCCCUCUAGUCUCCUCCCGAUCAUCGUCUUUCCCGUAUCCCGCUGCGUCAUCUGCACCCGCUGCCGCCCGGUCUGCGUACACUCCAGCUCAUCGCACCUACUCGUCCCUUGCUCCCCCCACCAACCUCGCCCCCGCCAAUGUCUCCUCCGCCCACUCCUCGUCCCGCGCCAUCCCCCACACUCACUGGGACGCGUCCUCCCUCUACACAAUGGACCCCAUCGACCCCGUUUCCUCUCCCGUCUCCACCUCCGGCUCCACGACCGCCUCGUCCCCGCUCUCCCCGCCGCUCACACCCCCGCCGAUCAAGGAGGAGGACACAGCCGACGGCGGCUUCAUCGUCGAGGUCUUCACCCCCACCGAGCAGCCGUACGGGUCCCCGAUGGCCGAGGUACCGCUCCGCGCGACGCACGCGCCCCCGAUGAUGCGCAAGAUGAUGUCCUCCUUCCGCCUCGAGAACUUCGCCAUGCACGACGGCAUCUGCUCCGCCGCGACCCAGCCCGGCAGCGGCGGCAUCGAGGUCGGCCCGCUCACGGAGGAGCCCGUCGAGCUCGACCCCUGGCAGGCGUAUGAGCUCGACCCCACCCCGGCAUACUACGGCCACAGGCACCACAGCUCAAAGCGCCACAAGUCCGCUCACCACACCACGGGUUUUGAGGCUGCGUCGUCGCGCCCGGCAUUCUACCGCGCGCCGUCCCCAGCGGUGUCCUCGCACACGAGCGAGCGCUCGUCGCCGCUCGUCGACCUCCAGUAUCAGCCUUCGGUUGACGACUCGUGGGACGGGUCAUCCGCGUACGGCUCCGUGGCCGACACCACCACCUCUUCUUCGGCGUCCAUCCCCAGCGGCGCCAGCCCCACGUUCGCCGCAGCCGUUACGCCAGCGCAAUCGCUGAGCUGGGUGAUGCGGACGGGGUACACGGGCGAGGUCGAUGUGGACACGGCCGGGCACUACCGGAGGCAGGCGACGCAGCCCUCGGUGCAGACUUCGCUGUCGCGUGUGUCCCACGCGCCAGGCCAGUACAUGCUCGGUGGCGGCUCGCGGGCGCCGUACCAGGCCGCGGCCGCGUCGUAUGCGUUCGAGUCGUCGGGGUACUCCCGGACGACAACAAGCGGACGGUACGGCGAUUUGUACGCGUCUGACUCUCAAUCGACGUGGUACCGUGAGUCUCCACUCUGUGCUUUCUCGGGUUGCUCGUUUUCUGACUUGCGCCGUCGCCACAGGUUCUUGAACAACUUUGCACUCGUCUCAAAGCUACGGUCGCGGUGCUUCGAGGCUGUGGGGGACGGUCUGUGGCCGUCCCGGCUCGAUAAUAUCGCUGCCACCGCCUCGUGGUUCAACCCAGGGUCGGCGCGGCUAGAAGACUUUGUCGUGCACGCACCCUCCGUUUCGGACCCUCCGCCAUGA